ACCAAAACUUCUCAUUUUUAUAUAAUCAUGGCCUCAAAUUUUCUUAAAUCAAUUCCAUUUUUUCUCUUACUUGCAAUGGUCAUGGCAGGUGAUCCAGAUAUCACCACAGACUUUAUAGUUCCUGCAAACGCUAGCGGUAAUUACAACAUAGAUGGGAAUUUCUUUACCUUCACAGGCAUGCGCAGUCUGGUUAAGUCUGACUACCCAUCAACCUUCACUGUGACUAAAGCUAGUCUUGCAAACUUUCCAGCUUUGGAUGGUCAGAGUGUCUCUUAUGCUGUUUUACUGUUUCCAGUAGGAGCAAUUAACCCACCUCACACACACCCACGUUCUGCUGAGCUACUCUUUGUAGUAGAGGGGAGUCUGAAUGUUGGAUUCGUUGACACCAAUAACAAGCUUUAUACACAAACACUUGAAGUUGGAGACAUGUUUGUGUUUCCAAAGGGAUUGGUGCACUAUCAAUCAAAUGAUGAUCCAAAACAACCUUCAACCGCAAUCUCUGCUUUUGGAAGUGCUAAUGCAGGCACAGUUUCAAUUCCUCCAAGUGUGUUUACGACUGGCAUUGAUGACACCGUCCUUGCUAAGGCUUUCAAAACUGAUGUUGCAACUAUUCAGAAGCUAAAGGCAGGCCUUGCACCCAAGGCUUAAAUUCAAUCAAUCUCAUCUUGUUCUAUUUUGUUGUGCUUGUUUUUACUUUUUUAUUUUUUUAAUAUUUAUGUUGUAUUAUUCUCUAGCUAGGCUAUACGCGUCAGGUCAGCAUCACUUAUUGGUAAAUAAGUGGAGUUUAUGUAAUAACACUAAUAAUUUGUCAAAAUUAAUUGUAACU